AUGGUUUUCAUGAAGCAAAACUUACCGUUUCAGUCCGCCCUGCUGUGUGUCGUUUGCCUUGGCCGCUUGUCCGUGGCUCAGGACCUGUCGCCUCCUGAUUCCAUUCUCAACAAACUCUCAUUUGAGCCGGAAAAAUUCGCCGUGAAUAACCAACCAACGGAUUCCUUCACACAAAGAGGAAACACUCCUGACAAGUUCAGACGCCCAGACGACAGAAUACAACAACCGAGGGGUUAUAAUCCACAAAGACGUCAAGGGUUCGAUCCCCGGUCCGAUGGCCCUAGGGAGGGUUUCAUACAACCACAUCCCGACAAUGAAGGAGGGGUACGCCUAUUGGAACAAAGAGUCCCUGAACCAUUUGAUAGAAGAGGAUCAUCUGGAUCCCUAAGAGACUCACGGAAUUCACCUGAACAUUCUACUGAAUAUAACCCGAACAGACCCCAAGAGAAUCCGUUCUCUCAAAGGGAACGUCCAAUCCAAUUACCACGUUCCCAACAAAACCCUUUUGGACAAAGGGAUCUGGUCAGUCCGGUUGAAACAAACCCUCGUCAAAGAUAUCCAGGGCAACCUGGACCAGAUGUGAUUAGUUUAGUAAGAGGGCCACCCAGCCCUGUACCCAGCCAUAUUGAAGGUCCUGCGUUUGGAAAAAGACACUUGCCAGAGGGGAGGUAUUAUCCAAGGAAGGUUUCCCCUGAGAGUUCUCAUGAAGGUCCUCAAAGACGUAUUGUUCCUUACGUCAAGCCCGAUGGUGGUUUUGAUCAUUCAGCGGAUAGCAUCUUUACGGGAACACCUUCGCGCCUUUUAAACCCAGAUUUACAAACCACUGGCAAUACGCCGGUGGGCUAUUUGAACGCCCGAUCGAAGGGGAAUAACCAAAGAGGAAGUGGACCUUUCGAGUCACCAAAUACAAACAGAAAACCAAUCAGUGAUCAAUUUGCCACGGGAUAUCCUAGACAGAUCAACCCGCACUCUCACGGGCCCGUACCUCAAUAUAGCGGUAGUAGAUCACCGCCGCGCCAAUCACAGUACCAAGGCAGGCAAGAUUUGUCCUCUGAUUCUCGACUAUUCCCAACAGAAAAUCACAGUUCUCGCCCUAACUCACCAUUACCACCCAUUCCUCAGUUCGGUGUACCCCUUAGACCUCCGAAUCCAAUCAAUCCCGUACAUGUUCAAAGCGUCGAUCAGAGGCGUGGUCCUGUAUACGGAAGUCCUAGUGAUCGUCAGGAGACGCCGUUUGAUGAACGGGGACUACGUCCUAGACAGUCUAAUCCUGGGAGAGAAGCUGAUCAGACCAGUCAAUACCCUGGAUCACCUUCUGGAAUACAACAGGGACAAACUUCAAAUUAUCAACCUAUUCAACAACCUUUAGGUCAAAAUGGUCUGCGUUAUUCUCCUGUGGAUCAUGAAGCUCAGGCUGACCAAACGAUUGAACAGUAUCCACAGGUGGGGCGUGGAGGUCAAGAGGACCAGCCGAAUCAACGAUAUCCUCCAGUGGGGCAUGGAGGUCAUGCUGACCAACCGAACCAACAGUAUUUCUCGGUGGGGCAUGGAGGUCCAGCAGACCAGCUGAAUCAGCAGUAUUCCCCGGUGGGGCAUGGAGGUCAAGCGGAUCAGCCAAACCAACAGUACUCCCCAGUGGGGCAUGGAAGUCAAGCAGACCAGCUGAAUCAGCAGUAUUCCCCGGUGGGGCAUGGAGGUCAAGCAGACCAGCUGAAUCAGCAGUAUUCCCCAGUGGGGUAUGGAGGUCAAGCGGAUCAGCCAAACCAACACUAUUCCCCGGUGGGGCAUGGAGGUCAAGAGGACAUGCAGAAUGAACAGUAUCUGCCGGUGAGCCAUGGAAGUCAGUCGGACCAACCGAACCAACAAUAUCUUCCGAUUGGUCAGGACAUUCAAAAGGACCAAUCCAGCGAACACUUUUCCCCGUCUGGAGAAUCACACAAUGAGCAAUACACCCCUCCAGGAGGUCAUCUAGAACAGGAACAUCCUUCUCCAGAAAGUCAAGGACAACGUCCUGAUGAGGGAUAUAAUCCGACCUUAGAACCUGGACAGGCAUAUAGAUCUUUCCCAACUGCAGCUACCAACCAGGAUCAAACACAUCCAAGUCAAUACAAAGAAUAUCCUUUCGCUGGAUCAAGCAGAGUCAACGGAAGGCAAAGCCCAUAUGACAACAGCAAUCUAUCGCACGGUGCUUCACCAGAACAAACAGCCAAUACAGGCCCAAAUCUUCAUGGAAGUGAUGCCUCGCCUCCCCGUCAUUCGGUCAUUACGAAUAUAAGUCCAAAUCUUCCUUCCUACCCUAAUGCCGCUGGAUCUCCUGGAAAUGUUCGCCAAUCAUUAGGUCACACGAGCACUUAUCCAUCUGACGAUAGGAAUUCAGCUAUCCCCGACACAACACAAGCUAAACCGGUAACAUUGAACGACGCCAGUAUUAUCCCUCCCGGUCAUUCUGGUAAUAACGUACCUGUUAAGACACCGAUUGUUGCCGAGUCGUCUGGUCCUGCUAUUCCACCAACAAAUCCAAGUAACAAAUUUUCAGCGACGGUGCAACCUAAACUGUCCGAUACUGAAGUAGGGUCCCGUCACGUGCAGGAAAACACUUUCUCUCCAAGACAGGCCGUGCAAACAUCUGGGACACAGGUCCCGGUCCUGACGGGAAGCACAACGAAGCAGCCAGUGUCUGAUGCUCUGGAGGCUCUGAACCCGAGCCACGCCCAUUUCGUACCCCCAGGGCUUCAAGGACAGUGUUACAAGUACAAGGACCUCUCCACCGGGUACUCUCCAUCAGGUGAUGCCUUCGAAUACCCCGACGAUGCCAUCAGUGCCGAGAUGAGGGAGAGGACUUUCCUAGCUCCUAUUCUGGGAUUCAAGAAUUUCGCACAACCUAACACUCAGUUUGGUCUCAUCCCGUUUGGGAGUCUGAAUGGAAAUAAUAACCAACGUAGCAACGAUUAUUUGUAUUCGGAGAAUGUCUACCCAACCGGGUACAAAGAUGGCGAUUUCAAGAUGGCUACUCCUAGUGACUACACUUGUCGAAGUACGCAGACCACACUGCGCAUGUUCAAGCUAUAUGGCGGGAGAUGUUGGACUGUCAACCCCGACUACCAACGGGUAUCUUACAAGUCCUGCGGCGCACCUGGUCUGCAGUGCGGCAAUUGCAGUAAUAGAUCCGGCACUUCUGGGGAUGGGGGCAGAUGUUCGGAGGAUUAUGAGUGGGUGAAGGUGUGGGGGUACUGUGAAAAGGCUCCCCCCGGACAGAGGGUUAGGCAACUGAGACUAUACCUGCCCACGGGGUGCAGUUGUAAGACAUUUUACUGCUGAUGUCAUCAACAACUGCCGCCACUUUUUGCUGAAUUGGAAACUAUGGACAAGACAUGUGUUGUGUCUAUACUGUUGUGUACAGUGCCUUUCUUGUUUUUCCGCAUCAUUUCUGAAAUACGUCAGUGCCGUAAAUGUUAGUAGGACGUCCGAUGCUGUCAAUGAAGCCGGUUCACGGUGAGGAUUCAUUCUUGCUGAUACAAUCACAGAAAGACGCUAAUAACAUUUUAGGUUUAUUGUCAAACCACACAGAACGUUCGAGUACAUACCAGAAAGGACAUGGACAGACUUGGUGUAAUGAUAGGUUCAACAACAUGUAACAUGGAGACGUAUUUAUUCGGAAACAUAUUUGUUAUUCGAUUAUGAUGUAUUUUCUUCACACAAAAAACAUGCUCGAUUUUAUAUAUAUCAUAUAACUAUUUAUGUUAUUUCGGUCUUAGUUUAUGGGUGUGUUUCAGAAUUCAC